AUGGUGUCGCGGAGGGUACUAAGCCGCGAGUGGGGCACAGGCCUACGGUCAGGGGCAGGGGACAACGGCGAGGAUGACGGGCCUGUGUGGACCCCCAGCCCGACCAGUCGCAGCUACCUGCUCAGUGUGCGGCCAGAGACCAGCUUAUCAAGCAGCCGGUUGUCUCACCCCAGCUCUGGAAGGAGCACCUUCUGCUCCAUCAUUGCUCAGCUAACAGAGGAGACCCAGCCGCUAUUCGAGACCACGCUCAAGUCCCGGGCUGUGUCCGAGGACAGCGACGUGCUGUUCACCUGCAUCGUCACAGCUGGCCUGAGAAACCAAGCUCUGGAGUCCCAGGCCACCAUGGUCCUCAUCACACCAGACAGCAGCAGCUCUGAUGUCGUCUCCCUUGGUUCCAGCACCUCCACAACUCAGGCUACUAUUGAGCCCAUGGAUACAGAAACCCAGGAGGAUGGCAGAACCUUUGCUGACAGGAGAACAGGAGGCAACAAGAAUGCACAGGCAGAUGGAAAGAUGCAGGUGGAAGGGAGGAUGCUGACAGAUGGGCAGACACAGGGAGACCGAACACAAACAACACUGAGGACACAAGCAGAGAGGAAGACACAGGUGGACGUUGGGAGCCAAGAAAGUGUGAGGAGACAGGUAGGCAGGAGUUCACAGGAGGAUGUGGUGACAAAGAGUAGGGCAGGGGCACAGGCAGAAAGGACACAGGCAUGUGAAAAGAUGCAAGAAAACAGGAAGACACAGGCAGAUGAGAGGACACAGGAAGACAGAAGGAUCCAGGGAGAGAAAGGGCCUCAGUCAGAAGGAAGCAUUCCCACGACCCUAGAAGGUCAGUCAGAGGAGAAGCUUAUGAGCAGCCGCAGCCCACAGUCUAGAGCCCCAGCAUCCCCUCCUUCAGAGGGUCCUAGGCCUCCUCAGAUUACGAGACACUUUGAGCAGACCCAAGAACGGUCUUCUGUCCCAGAAAAAACCGGUCUUGUGCUCAGCUCUGAAGAGACAGCAGUAACAGCCUCCAGAAACCAUGAGGAAACUGUGCUGGGCCCCCUGCCAGGGAGCCUUCCACUCCCAGCACAGCUGCCUCCUGAGGGGAGCUUGGAGCCAAUGGGAGGGAAGAGAUGUCCAGGGCCACGGUGGUCAAGCCCAGCUCAGCCCAAGCUAAAGAGCAGCUUGUCCCACUGCCCCACGGAAGACCAGCCUGGGGAAGUGCUGUCUGUGGAUCUGAGCAGCUGUCCUCCAACUGGCUUGAGCCCAGAGAUGCCCAGUACACCCUCUCUUCCUGGGAAUAGCUUGACCAGUAGCCCACUGGAGGGGCUGCCCAGCACUCUGACAUCUCAGCACACGAGCACUGCUACCUCCCUGCCAUCUGAGGCCCAAGGCUUGUUCGGAUCUCCCCCCAUACCAUAUGGGAACCUUCAUCCGGCAACCCCUACCCAGGGUCACCCACCAGAAACCAUGACUGCCAACAGUGAGGGGGCCUGUUCCAAGGUUUCAGAUGGAGAGGGUCGGCUCCCAGGCCCCCAGAGCUGUGAUCCUGGCCUCAUAGAUUCCCUGAAGAACUACUUGCUUCUGCUGCUAAAACUCUCUGGCACAGAGGCAAGUGGAGGAGUAGCAGAGCCCCAGGCCUCCUCCUCUUCUCUGGUCCCCACCAUGGAAGUGGCUGGCCUGAGUCCUCGGACAUCGCGGCGGAUCCUGGAGCGCGUGGAGAAUAACCACUUGGUGCAAAGCGCGCAGACCCUACUGCUGAGCCCCUGCACCUCCCGCCGCCUCACUGGUCUCCUGGACCGUGAGGUGCAGGCGGGCCAGCAGGCCUUGGCGGCUGUGCAGGCUUCCCAGAGCCCCAGCCCCAGCCCCCUCACUGUCCCUUCCAUCGUGGUAGGUGAGGAAGGCCCUGGGCCAGUCUCAGAAGAAGGAUCCAAUAAGGGUGAGAGAGCUACCAUGGAGAGCAGCGUGAGUGGGUCAACUGGGGAGGCAGGUGGGUUGGCAGGUGCUGGGCAGCAAUUGCUCUCAGCAGAGAGCAGAGUCCAGGAGUCCUUCCAAGAGGAAGAGUUUUCAGGGGAGGUUCUGACAGAUCUCCCCGCAGCCACACCUGAGGAGCUAGCUCUAGGGGCUCGGAGGAAGAGAUUUCUCCCUAAGGCCCGAGCUGGGGGAGAAGGGGAGGCAGCCAAGCCUGAAGAAAGGGAGAGCCCCACAAUUUCCCCUCGGGGGUCCAGGAAGGGCCUGGUGCCUGGGUCUUCAGGGACUCCAGGUCGGGAGAGGCGGUCCCCUACCCAGGGCAGGAAGACAGGUCUGCUGGAAGUGCCAAAGAUGGAAGAGGAGCCAGCAGCUGGAGACCCAGACACCUGCACCAAGGCUGGUGGGUUGGAUGUAGAACCAGCACUGGAUGAAGGCAAGCAGGAUGCUCCGGCCAAGCCCAAGAAAGACAAAAACCUGCUCAAAGCCCCACAGGUGAUCCGGAAGAUUAGGGUGGAGCAGUUUCCUGAUGCCUCCGGCAGUCUGAAGCUCUGGUGCCAGUUUUUCAACAUUCUUAGUGACUCAGUCCUGACAUGGGCCAAAGACCAGCGCCCAGUGGGCGAGGUGGGCAGGAGUGCAGGGGACGAGGAGCCGGCGGCGCUGGCCAUUGUGCAGGCAUCCCCGGUGGACUGCGGCAUGUAUCGGUGCACCAUCCACAAUGAGCAUGGGUCCACCUCCACAGACUUCUGCCUCAGCCCUGAAGUGUUGUCAGGAUUCAUCUCCAGAGAAGAAGGUGAAGUUGGAGAAGAGAUUGAGAUGACCCCUAUGGUGUUUGCUAAGGGUCUGGCUGAUUCUGGCUGCUGGGGGGACAAGCUCUUUGGGCGCCUGGUGAGCGAGGAGCUCCGAGGGGGUGGACGUGGGUGUGGCCUUCAGAAGGCCUCCCAGGCCAAGGUCAUCUAUGGACUGGAACCUAUCUUCGAGUCGGGCCGAACCUGCAUCAUCAAGGUAUCCAGCCUGCUUGUGUUUGGGCCAAGCAGUGAGACGUCUCUCCUGGGCAGAAACUAUGACGUCACCAUCCAGGGAUGCAAGAUCCAGAACAUGAGUCGGGAGUACUGCAAAAUCUUUGGGGCUGAAGCUCGGGCUGUGCCUGGCUUUGGGGAUGUCCCUGAGAUCAUCCCACUGUAUCUGAUCUACCGGCCUGCAAACAACAUCCCAUAUGCUACGCUGGAGGAGGACCUGGGGAAGCCCCUGGAAUCUUACUGUUCCCGGGAAUGGGGCUCUCCUGGGGCCCCAGAAGCAUCUACUAGUUCUGAGGUCAUGCAAAAAUGCCACACCUUCCAGCACUGGCUGUAUCAGUGGACAAAUGGCAGCUUCCUUGUCACGGAUUUGGCAGGGAUUGACUGGAAGAUGACUGAUGUGCAGAUUGCCACCAAACUUCGAGGAUACCAAGGCCUCAAGGAGAGCUGUUUCCCUGCCCUGCUGGACCAGUUUGUUUCCAUGCACCAGUGCAACGCCUACUGUGAGAUGUUGGGUCUGAAAGCCCUCAAGGGCCCUGAGGCUGUUCAGGCCCAGGCCAAGGCCAAAGGCUCCAAGAGUCCAUCUUCCGGCAGGAAGGGUGCCCAGCUGAGUCCUCAGCCCCAGAAGAAAGGCCUGCACAGUCCUCAGGGCAACCGCAAGAGUGCCCCAAGUUCCAAGGCCACAGCUCAGGCCUCAGAGGCUGUCACUACCCGGUUACUGGGACAGUCUGCUACCCAAGAAGGGGGUUCCAAGGCUCAGGGCAUGCGGUAG